UGUGUGGUACCCUGGGUGUCCUGGUUGGUCUGCACUUGCCUACAGCAGCAAAUGGAGCAGGGGCAAGACCUCUCACUGACCUCACAGACCACCACAACCCUCUGCCUGAAAUACCUUUCCCUGACUCUUCCAGGUCUUGCCCUUAGGACACAGCUCAGAAGGCUCUGCUCACUGGCUGCAAAGGGGAUCUGGAGAAGAAGGACCCUGUUCAGUGAGAGAGACCUUCAGAUCCAAGGGUUAGAUAAUGAUGUCAUUACCACUUUCUUGAAGAUAGGUGUCCUUCAGAAGCAGCCCAGGUCUCUGUGCUACAGCUUUGCCCACUUGUGUCUCCAGGAGUUCUUUGCAGCAAUGUCCUGCAUCUUGUGUUUUAAUGAGAACACAAGAGAUCGUAUAGAAUUCUACAGUAUUGUGCAAACACUGAAGGAAGGCUAUGGAAGUCAUGACCUGUUUGCGGCACCCACUAUGCACUUUCUAUUUGGUCUUUUAAGUGAAAAGGGAAUGAGAAAAAUGCAGAAGAUCUUUGCCUAUAGGUUGCCUUGGGAGACAAAGUUGUACCUGCAAAGCUAUAUCCUGGAGGAAACCCAACACCAUCAAUCAUAUUCUCUGGGUUUACUCCAUUGUCUGUAUGAGAUGCAGGAUAAAGAUUUCGAGGUCCUGAAAAAAGUGAUGCAUAAUUAUCAAGGAACAAGUGUGCAUACACCAGUGGAUAUGGUACACCCAGUGUUCCAGACAGGAGUGAAGUACAUGGUGGUCCAGACAGAUGUGGACCUCAUGGUGGUCACUUUCUGCAUUAAGUUCUGCCGCCGUGUGAAGAGGCUUCAGAUGAAUGCAGGUGGACAGCAGAGAAAAAUCUCAAAGGCGCACAGGAUAGUUCUGUCCAGAUGGACCCCAAUGACUAAUGCCACUUGGCAGGUUCUCUUCUCCAUGCUUGAAUUCGCAGAAAGCCUGAAGGAGCUCGACCUAAGUGGAAACCCACUGAGCAACUCUGCACUGCAGAGUCUUUGUAGGACCCUGAGAUGCCCUGGAUGCCACAUAAAGACAUUGUGGCUUCUCAACUGUGGCCUCACAGCCAGACACUGUGAGGACCUGACCUCAGUGCUCUGGGCCAGCUCCAGGACUGAGCUCGACCUGCAGCUGAAUGACCUGGGCGACCAUGGGGUGAGGCUGCUGUGUGAGGGACUCAGGAAUCCUGCCUGCAAACUCAGAAUCCUACU